UUGAAGGAGAAGUGGUACCGGAAGCAGUUCCCCGUGUCUAACUUGAGCAGUGCGGAGUCCGGUUGAAGAGGUUUGUUCCCGGGUCCUUGUUCUCCGUGAGUUCUGCUCUUUCCGUCCCGUAGUUCAUCAGAUACAACCGGAGUGAACCAGCAGAGCCCGUAUGUCUGGAUCAACGUGUUUAACUGGACUUUGUGCUCAUUUUCGGGCCGUUUAACCUCAGAAUCAUCUCCGUUAGCCAAGAAUGCUAACUGAAGUUAGCUGCAAAUAGACGGAGACGGAACUCGGCCACACAGCGCUCGUCUCAGGGACUAAUCGAUAGAGAUGAAACUGGAGCCACAAUGUCCAGAUAAACCUGUCUGAAUGGACUCUGUGUUGGUCCCUUUUAGUAGAAAACGUCUGAACUGUCUCCUGGUGUCCUACGAAGCUAAUGAAGUUAGCUUGCUACAGGAAGUAGACGGAGACAGAGGUAACCUAGCAACACAGCUCGUGUCAGAGUGAGCUCACCGUUUUUAACGGAGUGUGUCUGGAGGACACGGUACUGGGAUUUAGUGAAGAUGUCUAAAGUUGAAAUGCUGAGAGCUUUUGUGAACCAGCGACUAACUGCGGCUGCUGAUGAGAUAUUUGAGCUGUUUGAAAGGACGAUAGCAGAGUACGAGGAGGAACUGGAGUUCAGUUCAAGAGAGAAUCACCGACAACGGAAACUACUGGACGCUGUUUUACACCCGGAAGUCCGGUUACACAGAGCAGAUGACCAGCAGCUGUUGGUGGUUAACAAAGAGGUUUCCCCUAAGCAGCAGGAGUGGAGCCCCAGUCCGGACCAGGAGGACACAGAGGCCCCACACAUUAAAGAGGAGCAGGAGGAACUCUGGACCAGUCAGGAGGAACUCUGGACCAGUCAGGAGGAAAUCUGGACCAGUCAGGAGGGAGAGCAGAUUCAAUGGCUGGAGGAGGCUGAUAUCAACUUCCCUUUCACUUCUGUCCCUGUGAAGACUGAAGAAGAUGAUGAAGAAAAAGCUCAGUCCUCACAGCUCCAUGAAAGUCAAACUGAGGAGAACGGAAAGGCAGAAAGAACAGAAGCUGAAGGAGAUGACUGUGGAGGACCAGAACCAGCCAGGAACUCAGAUCCAGAUACUCCUUUAGAACCAGCUGCUCAUGACAAGACUUCACACUACUUAGAACCUGAGACUGAUGACAGUAGAGAUUGGGAUGAGACUCAGUCAGGUUUAAACCCUCUGCAAAACCAUGAAGUACCUGUAAGUGAUCUGGAAUGUAAUACUGCAAAAACAUCAGUUAGCUCCUCUGAAUGUGCUGAAAGCUUUGGAGUGAAACCAUUUAGUUGCUCAGUUUGUAGUAAAAGAUUCACAAACAAGGGAAAUCUGAGACGACACUUGGCUGUCCAUUCUGGGGAAAAACCAUUUAGUUGUUCUGUUUGUAGUAAAACAUUUGUGCAAAAGCAACAUCUGACACAACACUUGACUGUCCACACAGGGAAAAAACGAUUUAUUUGUUCAGUUUGUAGUAAAAGAUUCACAGACCGUAGUAGUCUGAGACGACACUUGACUGUCCACACAGGGGAGAAACAAUUUAGUUGUUCUGUUUGUAGUAAAACAUUUAUGCAAAAGAAACAUCUGACACAACACUUGACUUUCCACACAGGGGAGAAACAAUUUAGUUGUUCAGUUUGCGAUAAAAAAUUCACAGUAAAAGGAAAUCUGAUUCGCCACUUUUAUGUCCACACAGGGGAGAAACCGUUUAGUUGUUCAGUAUGUAGUAAAAAAUUCACACAAAAGGAACAUCUGAGACAACACUUGACUGUCCACACGGGGGAGAAACCAUUUAGUUGUUCAGUUUGUAAUAAAAGAUUCUCACGCCAUUGUACUCUAAGACAACACUUGACUAUCCACACAGGGGAGAAACCAUUUAGUUGUUCUGUUUGUAGUGUAAGAUUUGCACGACAGGCACAUCUGAGACAACACCUGACUUUCCACACAGGGGAGAAACCAUUUAGUUGUUCUUUUUGUUGUAAAAUAUUCUCACGCCAUAGUACUCUGAGACGACACUUGACUGUCCACAGAGGGGAGAAGCCAUUUAGUUGUUCAGUUUGCAAUAAAAGAUUCCCUUAUCUCCAUCAGGUCAAAAAACACAAGUGUGUUGGUGAGAGCAGCAGAAAUAAAUGAAGCCGCAGAGACGCUUGUUGAGCCAUUUUUUCAAGCAGGAUUUAAGUACCGAGGGCAAGACUUGGUACAACACUGAUUAGCUAAAAACUGUCAGAAGGCUGAUACAGAAUCCAAAAUAAGCCUUUUUAGCUAAGAUGAAGCUACACAAGCACUGUUCUUUUUGGUAUUACAUGUAUUCAUUGAUUUAAAGUAUUUUAUGUCCCCUAUACAGCACUAUGGUCGACUUUUGUGAUUUCUAAAUAAAAAUGACUUGACUUAGCA